CAUUUUCCUUGAACCUCUAAUCAAUUUUCCUACAUUUUCAUGGCCAUUUCAAUGUACAUAUCCCCCUCCUAUUCACUACCAAUCCUACAAAACCCUUCAAUCACCAAAACCCAUUUCCCUUUUUCCCCAAUUCACAACCCCAAAUCAAAGAUUUGCCCUAGAAGAAAACACUUUCUUAUUUUUGCAGCAGAAAAUGGGGGAAACAAUACUGAAAAUCAAGAAAAUGGGUUGAAGAACAAUGGUUCUAGCAAUGGAAAUGGAAGUAAUAAUGGUAAUGGUGAUGGUGGAGGAAAACCCAGAUUGAAUUUGAGAUGGAUGGACCUUUUGUUGGAUCCUGACCCGGAUAAUAUUGUGGCAGUUGGGUUAACGGGUCUGUUGACAUGGGCUAGUGUAAGUAUAUUGUGGCAGCUGUUUGUGAUUGCAUUGGCUAUUCUUCUUGCUGCUCUUAAGUACUCUUUUAUUGCUGCUCUUUUAAUUUUCAUUCUUAUUACUCUACUUUAGCUAUUUUUGGGUAA